AUGGCCACUCCGGCAGCUUCAACUGCUUCCGCACCCGCAGAUGCUGCUACCAAGGAUACUGUCCCGACAGCGCCAGAAGGGCAAAUAAUAGGUUCUACUGAUAAUACUGAGGUAUCGCCAGAGCAAAAAAAGCCGGCUCGCCCUUCAACUAUAUUGCAUAGAAAAGUCAGCAGCAAACGCCUCGUUGGGCGUUUGCCGAUUUCACCAUCUCCCGGGAGCUCUGCCUCUCAAUCCCGUGUUUCUCUAGUAGCGAAUCAAUUACUGCAGGAUAGUCUGCAGGAAGGAGCUCAGUCAUCGCGAACAACAGAAAAUGAAGACUCGCAAACAGAUCAGCCCACCAAUACACAAGGUGCUGCGGGGCGGCACCACCGUCUGUCCGCCGCAGGGGCAGCUUUUUCGGGGUUGAUGGAACAGUUGAGAGACUGGGCCCACACUGAAAGAGCGAGACAGAAAACUCGUCGUGAGAAGAAAGCCGCCAAGAUUAUUGAACGCCGCACAUCGCAGAAAGCAGGAAAAAGCUCCGAUGCAGCUGGGGGGAUAAUGGGGAGCAUGAUGAUACCAUAUCGCCUAUUUCGAGUGGUGAUGAAGCUGACCAACUGUCCAGUUUAA